UUCCUCAUAGCAUCGGCGUUGGGUUCGGCCUCAGGGAGACCUUGCUUUUGUCCACCGAUCCUCCCCCUUCCAUUCUGGUUCGAUCCCCGUGGUUCUCUCCUCGCGACUUCCGCCGUGCCGUAUCCCAUUCGUCUCCGAUAGACCCGACACGUGGAAACAUCGGUAGGAGCUCCGUGGGAGCGUCCCUUCCCAUUCGACGCCCUGCACGAUGGCACAUAUAUACGAAGUCGGCACGAGAGCAUGGCAACCCGAUCAGGCCGAGGGAUGGGUUGCCUCGGAGUUGGAGGAGAAAAAGAUCAAUGGAGAGAAAGUGCAGUUGAUCUUUAGAUUGGACACUGGAGAGGCUCGGACAGUCGAAACCACUCUAGACAUUGUAGAGAACGAUGCCGGAGGUGUCUUACCCCCCUUGAUGAAUCCGGCCAUGCUGGAGGCUAGCGAUGACCUGACGAAUUUAUCUCAUUUAAACGAGCCUGCCGUGCUGCAAGCGAUUAGACUACGAUAUGCGCAGAAGGAGAUCUAUACAUAUAGCGGGAUCGUAUUGAUAGCCACGAAUCCCUUCGCGCGCGUCGACAACCUCUAUGUCCCCGGCAUGGUGCAGGUGUACGCCGGCAAACAGCGUUCGUCCCAGGCGCCGCAUCUGUUCGCCAUCGCGGAAGAGGCGUUUGCCGACAUGAUCCGCGACCAACGAAACCAGACCAUCGUGGUGUCCGGUGAGUCCGGCGCCGGGAAAACCGUCAGCGCCAAAUACAUCAUGCGAUACUUCGCGACGCGCGAAUCCCCCGACUCCCCCAGCAAGCGGCUACGAAAGGGCGGCGACGCCAUGAGCGAGACCGAGGAGCAGAUCCUCGCCACCAACCCCAUCAUGGAGGCGUUCGGGAACGCGAAGACUACGCGGAACGACAAUUCCUCGCGGUUCGGGAAGUAUAUCGAGAUCAUGUUUAACCGGGACACUGAGAUCAUCGGCGCGAAAAUUCGGACAUACCUGCUGGAGCGGUCACGGUUGGUGUUCCAGCCGUUGAAGGAACGGAAUUACCACAUCUUCUAUCAGCUGGUGGCGGGAGCGUCCGAUGCGGAGAAGGAGGCGCUCAGCCUCGGGUCGGUGGAGGACUUCAGCUACCUGAACCAAGGCAGCUCGCCAACCAUCGACGGAGUCGACGAUCGAGCCGAGUUCAACGCGACCAAACAGUCGCUGACCACGAUCGGUGUCGAACCUGCACGGCAGUCUGAAAUCUUCCGAAUCCUGGCGGCGCUGCUGCAUAUCGGCAAUGUCAAGAUCACCUCCAGCCGUACCGACUCGGUCCUCGCCCCUGAUGAGCCUGCUCUUGUCACCGCUUGCGAGCUCCUUGGCAUCGAUUCGACUACGUUUGCGAAAUGGACGGUAAAGAAGCAAUUGAUCACUCGCGGCGAGAAGAUCACGUCCAACCUGACGCAUGCGCAAGCCGUGGUUGUCCGCGAUUCGGUGGCCAAGUUCAUCUACUCGAGCCUGUUCGAUUGGCUGGUCAACGUUAUCAACUUCAGCCUCGCGACCGAAGAUGUCCUCACCCACGCGACGACCUUCAUCGGCGUGCUCGAUAUCUACGGGUUCGAGCACUUCGCGAAGAACUCGUUCGAGCAGUUCUGUAUCAACUACGCGAACGAGAAGCUGCAGCAGGAGUUUAACCAGCACGUCUUCAAGCUGGAGCAGGAGGAAUAUCUCCGCGAGCAGAUUGAUUGGACGUUCAUCGAUUUCUCGGAUAAUCAGCCCUGCAUUGACCUAAUCGAAGGGAAGAUGGGAGUCCUCUCGCUGUUGGAUGAGGAAUCGAGGCUGCCCAUGGGCAGUGAUGAGCAGUUCGUCACCAAGCUCCACCACAACUUCUCGGGCGACAAGCACAAAUUCUACAAGAAGCCAAGGUUUGGCAAGAGUGCUUUCACCGUUUGCCAUUACGCGAUUGACGUGACCUACGAGUCGGAUGGGUUCAUCGAGAAGAAUAGAGAUACUGUUCCCGAUGAGCACAUGGAGGUCCUCAAGUCCACGUCCAAUCAAUUCUUGGCCGAAGUGCUCGAGUCCGCCGCCACCGUCCGAGAAAAAGACGGCCUCAGCGCAAACAACCAAAAGACUGGCGCAAUGGCAACCUCGGGCAGGCGUGUUGGUGUCGCGGUGAACCGGAAACCAACGCUGGGUGGCAUCUUCCGAUCCUCGUUGAUCGAGCUGAUGAAUACGAUUAAUUCCACGGAUGUGCACUAUAUCCGCUGUAUCAAACCCAACGAAGGGAAGGAGUCGUGGAAGUUCGAGGGGCCGAUGGUCCUGUCUCAACUGCGGGCUUGUGGUGUUCUGGAAACCGUACGAAUCAGUUGCGCCGGUUACCCAACGCGAUGGACGUACGAAGAAUUCGCGCUGCGUUACUACAUGUUGGUUACAUCGCAUCAUUGGACUCCAGAGAUUCGAGACAUGGCGGACGUAAUUCUGAGGAAGGCUCUUGGAGCGGCGAAGAACGACGGGACCGACAAAUAUCAGCUGGGUCUCACCAAGAUCUUCUUCCGCGCCGGCAUGCUCGCCUUUUUGGAAAAUCUGCGGACGAAUAGGUUGAACAACGCGGCUAUCAUGAUCCAGAAGAAUCUGCGAGCCAAGUAUUAUCGACGAAAGUACCUCGAAGCCCGCGAGUCGAUCAUCGAUUUCCAGUCCCUCAUGCGUGCGCACCUGGCGCGUAUGCGGGCAGAACACGCGCGCCAGAUCCGGGCCGCCACGAUGAUCCAGACCCUCUGGCGCGGCCAAAAAGUCCGCAAGGAAUAUGUCACCACGCGCAACAAUAUUAUCGAGUUCCAAUCCCGCGCGAAGGCGUUCCUCUGCCGCAAGAACAUCCUGGACACUCGACUCGGCAACGCCGCGCGCAUCAUUCAACGCAACUGGCGCUCGAACCGCGAUCUCAAAGCGUGGCGCAAUUAUCGUCGCAAGGUGGUCAUCGUGCAGAGCUUGUGGCGAGGGAGGGAGGCGCGCGCCACGUACAAGACGAUGCGCGAGGAGGCCCGCGAUCUCAAGCAGAUCUCGUACAAGCUGGAGAACAAGGUCGUCGAACUGACCCAGACGCUGGGCACGAUGAAGCGCGAGAACAACACGCUGCUGAGCAAGGUCGAGAAUUACGAGAGCCAGAUCAAGACCUGGAGGACGCGACACACCGCCCUCGAAGCGCGCACGAAAGAGCUGCAGGCCGAAGCCAACCAAGCCGGUAUCACCGCCGCUCGGUUGUCGCAAAUGGAAAGCGACUUCAAGCGAUUGCAACAGCAGCAUGAAGAAACGCAACACAACCUCCGCCGCCUCCAAGACGAAGAAAAGACCCUCCGCGAAUCUCUCCGCGUUACCGAAGGCGAGCUCAAGCAGUCCAAGCGCCGCUCCACCCAGAACGAAACCGAGAAGAACAGCCUCCGCCAACAGCUCAUCGAUCUGCAAGACCAGCUCGAACUGGCGAAGCGCAACGCGCCGAUCAACGGCGAGAUGACCAAUGGCUCCUCGCACGCCCCGGCCUCCGGACUCAUCAACCUCGUCAGCAGCAAGCGGCCCAAGCGACGCAGUGCAGGCGCCGAGCCCGUCCAUAUGGAUCGGUUCAGCUCGCAAUACAACCCGCGGCCUGUCAGCAUGGCGGUCGUGUCGAGCGGGGUGCGACAGAAUGCUGCCGCCACGUACAGCCCGCAGCUGGAGAACAUCGAGCUGGAGCUCGAGAACUUACUGUCAGAUGAGGAUGGCCUGAACAACGAGGUGACGUUCGGGUUGAUCUCCAGUCUACGGAUCCCUGCCCCCAGCGGGACGCCGCCGCCGACGGACAAGGAGGUCCUGUUCCCGGCGUACCUUAUCAACCUUGUGACGAGCGAGAUGUGGAACAACGGAUUCGUGAAGGAGUCGGAGAAGUUCCUCGCCAACGUCAUGGCCAGCGUGCAGCAGGAGGUGAUGGGCCAUGACGGCGACGACGCGACCAACCUCGGGGCGUUCUGGUUGUCCAACGUGCACGAGAUGCUCAGCUUCGUGUUCCUCGCCGAGGACUGGUACGAGCAGCAGAAGACGGACAACUACGAGUACGACCGGCUGCUGGAGAUCGUCAAGCACGACCUCGAGUCGCUAGAGUUCAACAUCUACCACACGUGGAUGAAGUCGCUGAAGAAGAAGUUGCACAAGAUGAUCGUCCCCGCCAUCAUCGAGAGCCAGUCGCUCCCGGGCUUCGUGACCAAUGAAUCGAGCCGCUUCCUCGGCAAAUUGCUACAGUCGAACUCCGCACCCGCCUACUCGAUGGACAACCUGCUGAGCCUGCUGAACAACGUCUACAAGGCCAUGAAGGCGUACUACCUCGAGGACACCAUCAUCACGCAGGCGAUCACCGAGCUGCUGCGCCUGGUGGGCGUCACGGCGUUCAACGAUCUGCUGAUGCGGAGGAACUUCCUCAGCUGGAAGCGCGGGUUGCAGAUCAACUACAACAUCACGAGGAUCGAAGAAUGGUGCAAGAGCCACGACAUGCCGGAGGGGACGUUGCAACUCGAGCAUUUAAUGCAAGCCACCAAACUCCUCCAGCUCAAGAAAGCCACCCUCAACGACAUCGAAAUCAUCCAGGACAUCUGUUGGAUGCUGUCACCCAGCCAGAUCCAGAAGCUCCUCAACCAAUACCUCGUCGCCGACUACGAGCAGCCCAUCAACGGCGAGAUCAUGAAGGCCGUAGCCAGCCGUGUCACUGAGAAGAGCGACGUCCUGCUCCUCACCGCCGUCGACAUGGAGGAUUCCGGGCCCUACGAGAUCGCCGAGCCACGCCGCAUCACCGCGCUGGAGACGUAUACUCCGAGCUGGCUCCAAACCCCCCGCCUCAAACGCCUCGCCGAAAUCGUCUCCGCCCAGGCGAUCGCGCAGCAGGAGAAGCUGGAGAUGGACGCCGCUACCAACGGCCACAGCGACGGAAUGGGCCUGGCGAUCGGAUCGCCUAUCGAUGGGCCGAUCGGGGAGGUCGAGGGGAUGUAAUCCAUCAUCUCACAUAGUGCGCUCAUCGGGCCGCGUGUCUGCCCCGAAAGCGGCGGCGUGUAACUUUAUCUGUCUGUGCUAUUUCGCCGCAAAGCGACCCACGUCCA